GCUCAGGUGCUGUGGGAGUUAGAGGAAUGUCUUUCUCCCUCUCACUACCGUUCUUGCCGUCUUUUUUUCUCGCAUCCUGACCAUCAUUUCAGCCAUUCUCACCGGGUUUUAUCUUUUUUUUUUUUCUCCAUUCUUGCCUCAGAGCUGAGAGACGACCAUGAAUCUGAGCUCUGUCCGCUGUGAUUUUCAGCAUUCAGAAAAGCCGUUACAUUAGGACGCGUAACGCUCAUCGUCACUGGGCAACCGGUGCACAUGCACGACACCAUGGGUAGCUCCCCAGAGGUGCUGUCUUGGACUUCCUGCCCCAGUCUGUUGGUGGGGAAGCUGAAGGAGGAGCUCAAGCUCAGUGUAGUUGGAGACGCCAUGAAGAAAUCCAGCUCGCCUAAUUCCCAACCCCAACCUCCUCAGGCCCCUGUCUCCAACUUACCGCCUCAGAUUAUCACAGACCUAGCUCCCCCGACACAACUGCCUAUUCCCUUACAGACACCUGGUCAGGAUGAAGACUCUUUGUUGGGGGGUAUCAGCCCAGCAAACACAGCUUUGAGUGUGGACUCGACACGGAGUGAAGGUGGACACUUUGACAACAGCGUGCUACAGCUGCAGGAGCAGGAUCAGGAGGAAGCAGGGUCACCGGCAUCCUGUGAGCAUGGCGGGUGUGGCAGUGGCAUGGAUGAGCAGAUGGGAGAGGGGGACUGUCCUGUAGACCACAGUGGAGAGGGCAGGCCGAGCCACCCACAUCCCGAUGACAUCAAGCUUCACUUCCAAAGAGCAGGUCCCGGGUCAGGAGGCUUCUUGGAGGGCUUGUUUGGCUGUCUUCGACCUGUCUGGAACAUUAUAGGGAAGACAUACUCAACUGAAUACAAGCUACAACAGCAAGAUAUGUGGGAGGUUCCGUUUGAGGAGAUUUCAGAGCUGCAGUGGCUUGGCAGCGGUGCACAGGGAGCCGUCUUCUUGGGCAAGUUUCGCUCUGAGGAGGUUGCUAUCAAGAAGGUGCGAGAACAGAAAGAGACAGACAUUAAACACCUGCGAAAACUCAAGCAUCCCAACAUCAUCAGCUUCAAGGGUGUAUGCACCCAGGCACCUUGUUACUGCAUCAUCAUGGAGUAUUGUGCCCAAGGUCAGCUAUAUGAAGUCCUGAGGGCAGGGAGGAAAGUGACCCCCAGGCUGCUGGUUGACUGGGCCACAGGCAUCGCCAGCGGCAUGAACUAUCUACACCUUCACAAAAUCAUCCACAGAGAUCUCAAGUCUCCCAAUGUUUUGGUCACCCACAACGACACUGUGAAAAUUUCUGACUUUGGAACAUCCAAAGAGCUCAGCGACAAAAGUACAAAGAUGUCAUUUGCAGGUACAGUGGCAUGGAUGGCCCCGGAGGUUAUAAGAAACGAGCCUGUAUCUGAAAAAGUAGACAUCUGGUCAUUUGGAGUUGUGUUAUGGGAACUGCUCACAGGAGAAAUUCCCUACAAAGACGUGGACUCCUCUGCCAUCAUUUGGGGUGUUGGCAGCAACAGUCUUCACCUUCCUGUUCCCUCCACCUGCCCAGAUGGGUUUAAAAUCCUCAUGAAGCAAACAUGGCAAGGCAAACCCAGGAAUAGACCUUCGUUUCGGCAGAUUCUCCUACAUCUUGACAUUGCCUCUGCUGAUGUUCUAGGAACUCCACAAGAGACCUACUUCAAGUCUCAGGCAGAGUGGAGGGAGGAAGUGAAGAAGCAUUUUGAGAAGAUCAAAAGUGAAGGCACAUGCAUCCACAGGCUGGACGAGGAGCUGAUCCGACGCAGGAGGGAUGAACUCAGGCAUGCACUGGACAUCCGGGAACACUAUGAGAGGAAGCUGGAGAGAGCCAACAACCUCUAUAUGGAGCUCAGCGCCAUCAUGCUGCAGCUGGAGGUCCGAGAGAAGGAACUUAUGAAGAGAGAACAAGCAGUGGAGAAGAAAUAUCCCGGAACAUACAAACGUCACCUGGUCCGACCCAUCGUCAGGUCCAAUGCUGUCGAGAAGCUCAUCAAGAAAAAAGGAAGCAUUUCCCACAAACCUGGAAUGCCAUCAACUAAAAGGCCGGACUUGCUUCGCUCUGAUGGCAUCCCCAGCGUUGAUCCUUUCCCCUCCCCCUCGCCACUGUCAGCCAGCCCAAAGGUCUCCACGCCCCCUGGAAAAACCCGCUACAGAAGCAAGCCUCGCCACCGGCGCGCCAACAGCAAAGGCAGCCACAGUGAGUUCCCCGCGGUGCUGAAGCCUGUUGCUGGGGCACCAGAAGAAACCCAGUCAUUGCAGGAGCAACCCUUUCACCAUCACCACCACCAUCAUCACCACCCACCAGCUGAGGGACCGUUUCUCCCCUUGAAGGGCCGUGAGGAGGCUGUUGUCAAUUGUGCCAACAACUUGCGGUACUUUGGCCCCGCUGCUGCUCUUCGUAGCCCUCAGACUGACCACAUGCAGCGCCGCGUUUCUGGCUCCAGCCCUGACCUCAUUUCCACUGCUAUGGAUGCAGACACGCGACAGCAGACUUCAUCCACCAGCUCCAAUCCUGUAUCAGGUGCUGGUUCUUUAUGUCCCUGCUGCCAGGCUCACCCCUUCCCCGGCUGCCUGCACUGUCAGGAGACCCCUCCUACACUAAACCACCCUGAGUUACCGCACUACUCCCUGCUCAACACCCAAGAAAGCACCCAGUCUUCUUUAGGGGCACCCAACAAAGAUGCAACCUCAGAUGGAGAGGAUGCAAAGAAGACUGAGCCACAGGAACAGGAUCCAGCUCCGCACACACACACCCUGCCCUCUGCUCUGCCUCGCACCCUCAGGCCACUCAGGAAGGGUGGUGAUGAGUCAUCUGAGGAGGAAGAGGGAGAGGUGGAUAGUGAAGUAGAGUUUCCACGGAGACCAAGACCUCAUCGCUGUAUGAGCAGCUUCCAGUCCUACUCCACCUUCAGCUCAGAGAACCUGUCAGUGUCUGACGGCGAGGAGGGAAACACCAGCGACCACUCACACAGCGGUCCCCUGGAGAGGCUGAGUGCCAGUCAGGAGGAGCACCUGGACGAGCUGCUGUCACACACACCAGACAUUCCCAUUGAUAUCUCCACCCAGUCAGACGGCCUCUCUGACAAGGAGUGUGCUGUCCGCAGGGUGAAGACACAGAUCUCUCUGGGAAAACUGUGCUCUGAUGAACACAGCUAUGAGAACCCGCUGCAGUUCGGAGACUCGGACUGUGAUUCAUCAGAAGCGGAUUGCUCCGAUGCCACCAUUAGAAACAACAAAGUCGGGCCUCCUUCCUCAUGGUGAAUCUUGCUGUGGGGCACGGCCCUGUUUUUGCCUGGAGGUCGUCAUGUCAGUACCAUGUCCCCAUUUUGGGCUCCUUAGAAAACACAGCAAUAAAAUAAUAACAAUUUAAACAAAGUCCUUCCUAUAGCAAAAUCCAGUGUUAGCCCCUUCACUCCUAUCCUUCCCCUUCAUAAAAUCCCACCCCUCCCAUAUAGCACUGCAUCCAGGCAAACCAUAGCAGGGAUUCCAUUUUGAAUGAUAAUGUACAGUAGAUAGUUUAACAUUCAUAAUUUAUUUUUGUCUGAGUUUUGAAGGGAAAUUCAGGACCUCUGUAAGUUCUCUGAUUUAAAGAGGAACAAAAAAAAUGACAUUUUGAAACUUAAGCAUGGGCUAACUGUGUUAGAAAGAGACAAUGACUAUGUGCAGAUGCUGAUGAGAGAAUAUGUUGAAGCGCUUGUAUGUCUGAGGACGACUGCUACCAGUGGGGUGUUGCAUAACUGCAAUAGUUGGUCUUAGAUGUGGAGCAUCACUACAAGCCUUCAUCUGGCUGUCGUCAUUUCUAGGCAUCUCACUGUUUCUGAGAAGAACCCCCAAACAAGCAAUCUCCCUUACUGCACUUUGACCACCCUGCUUCGUUAUGAGUUUACAGCGCAGAGACCCGGUGCCCCAAUCCCUCCAUCUUCAUUCUGCCCCCACUGUGACUGAAAUGGGGAAUAAGUGCUCAUGGAAACAAGUGCGAACACCAGCAUGAACAACCUGCCUCACAAUCGGACUCCUUCCGGUUCCCCCCAUCCCUCCAAACACACACACAUAAAUAACUCUGUAUGUGUGUUGUUAUCAGGAUCCCCACAUAGCUGUCAAACAUGCCUGCGCAGCUCGCAAGAUGCAAAAAGCUGCCUGAAGACUGCAUGAAGUGGACAAGCUAGCAGAGCAACAGAGACGAAGAUUCAGCUGACAGCUAAAAGCUAAUUUAAAAGAUACUCUUCUUCUCUGCCACUGCUUAUCCCUCUCUCUGAGUCUUGUCAUCGGCAAUCAGAUGUCACAACCAGAGUUGUUCAGUGAGUUAGGGUCUGUCUUUGUUUGCGUGUGCGUGUGUGUGUGUGUGUGUGUAUGUGAACACUAAGCCCUUUCCGCACCAUUAGACAUUAAAGUUUCAAGUCUCAUCUCAGGAUUGUUCAAGGACUGUGAAACUGGACCAUUUGUAUGAAGGAUAUUCUUCGAGCGGCACGUUAUGGACCACGCAGGAAUAUAUAUUGUUUUUUUUGUUUUGUUUUGUUUUUUUUAGGGUCUUACACAUAGCCUUGAUGUUCAACCCUUUAUUGCUGUAACAGACAUGUAAAUGAUUUUAGUUGCAAUCCAGGUGCAGUAUCCCCUUUCUUGGAUUCACUCGGUGCAGCAUAUUCCAUGUACCAUUUUCUAGCAGGGUAAUUUAUAUCAUCUGGUAAGUAGUGUUUGAUUAUUACCUGGGCUGUAGUAAAUAGAACAGCAAUAAUAUACUCUAGGUUGGCACUCAGGGGGAGGAAGGAGAAGAUAGCUCAGGGUGCAGGAAGUCUAGCUGGCUAGACGCAAGCAUGGUGACUGGUAGCUAGAGAAAAACAUUCGAAUGGCUUUAAUUUUAAGUUGUCCCUCUUUUGCAAACUUGCCUUUGUGGGAUUUGAUGCUCAGGUUUUCAGUUGCCGAUUGAGAGCAAUAUAAUAACAACCACUAGAUGGUGACAGUUACAUACACUUACUUUGCCUUGUGUUAUGUUAAAAUCCUGACUCAGUCCCCCCUCCUUUUU